AUGCUGUCCUCCACCUCCGCCAUCAGGCACGUUGCUGCCCGCCGCAUCGUCGUCGCUCCCGCCGCACGCGCUGCUUCCGCCUGGGCCAAGGUUCCCCAAGGUCCUCCCGAUGCCAUUCUGGGCAUCACCGAGGCCUACAAGGCCGACAGCCACCCGCAGAAGAUCAACCUGGGUGUUGGCGCCUACCGCGACGACCAGGGCAAGCCCUACGUGCUGCCCUCGGUGAAGCAGGCUGAGAAGAAGGUCGUCGAGUCCAACCUCGACAAGGAGUACGCUGGCAUCACCGGUGUGCCCGACUUCACCACCGCUGCCGCCAAGCUGGCCUACGGUGCCGAGUCCAAGGCCAUUGCCGACGGCCGCAUCGCCAUCACCCAGUCCAUCUCCGGCACCGGCGCCCUCCGCAUCGGUGGUGCUUUCCUCCAGCGCCACUAUCCCCAUGCCAAGGCCAUCUACAUCCCCACCCCCUCGUGGGCCAACCACAAGGCCGUCUUUUCCGACUCUGGCCUCGAGGUGAAGCAGUACCGCUACUACAACAAGGACACCAUUGGUCUGGACUUUGAUGGUAUGGUCGAGGACAUUAAGAACAUGCCCAAGAACAGCAUCGUUCUGCUGCACGCCUGUGCCCACAACCCCACCGGUGUCGACCCCACCGAGGAGCAGUGGCGCGCCAUCAGUGAUGCCGUCAAGGCUGGCGAGCACUUUCCCUUCUUCGACAUGGCCUACCAGGGCUUCGCCAGUGGUGACACCAACAAGGACGCUUACGCCCUGCGUUACUUUGUCGAGCAGGGUCACCUCCCCGUUCUGGCCCAGAGCUUUGCCAAGAACAUGGGCCUGUACGGUGAGCGUGUUGGCGCUUUCUCCGUCGUCUGCGAGUCGGCCGAGGAGAAGAAGCGUGUCGACUCCCAGAUCAAGAUCCUCGUCCGUCCCAUGUACUCUAACCCUCCCAUUCACGGUGCCCGUAUCGCUUCGACCCUGUUGAACGACCCGGCCUUGAACAAGCAGUGGCUCGGUGAGGUCAAGGGCAUGGCCGACCGUAUCAUCAAGAUGCGUGCUCUGCUGAAGAGUCACCUCGAGGAGCUUGGUUCCAAGCAUGACUGGAGCCACAUUACCAACCAGAUUGGCAUGUUUGCCUACACCGGUCUUAAGCCCGAGCAGAUGGAUGUUUUGGCCAAGGAGCACUCUGUCUAUGCCACCAAGGAUGGUCGUAUCUCGGUUGCUGGUAUCACCAGUGGUAACGUCAAGAGGCUUGCUGAGAGCAUCUACAAGAUUACUGGUUAA